CCGAAAGGUUGCAGGAUUGAAUCCCCGAGCUGACAAGGUGUCAGGGGAGUAGAAUGUUCUGUAUUCUAAGAAGCACAAUGGAUUCUUGAGACGCCUUGAUGCCUGACUCUUCCUGGUUCCUGAAGCCCCACCUGCAGUGGCCUAUUACAGGACUAGAAGUGAUCCAAUCCCCAUGCAUCCCCCACCUCUGACCAACCCCUGCCCUUACAUUCUCUCAUACUAUUGCACUCUAAAAACAAGCUCUAUUGUUCCAAAUCUCUGUUUAUAUUUUAUUCUCACAUUUAACAAUGUGACCUGGCUCCUCUUAGCUGCUGAGUUUGUACACUCUAAGUAACCACCUCACUUCAAGGUUUGCACAACCGCUCUCAGUAUGGACUCCCAACCGGGGACUUCUGUGUUGGGUCCACUUCCCAGAGAGUGUAGGCCUAACCAUCAAUGGUUGCAUUGCUGGCACUGACAGGGGCAGAGGCGAAGUAGUGUCACUGUUUUGGUCCCCCUCCCUCCAACCCAGAGGAAUAGAGGAAGGAAUACAGAGGUGACAUGGAUUUAAGAACAGAGAUGUAGUUCAAAGUAAUCUGGAUGGAUCUGUUCCAGGAGGAGAUGUUCCAUAAAGAUCUAGAAUAAGAACCAGUUGGUUCUCAGGUGAUUUAAUCUCCAUUGAAGUUCUUGAAUUUCCAUACAUAAGUCUUUAAAGCAUAUAGACCCAUGGAAGAUAAAUUAAUGCUCUGUUACUCACACAAAGAAUACCGACUUGGACUUUUAAACCUUGGAGAUGUCUGCCACCUGACCCUCCAGCAGCUUUGAUUAUUUUUGUGUUCACUUUCAACUGCUAAAACCCAGAACCAGAUCAGAACAGUGAAACGGGCGGGGAGGGGAGGUGUAGGAGGUCCGAGGUGGGCGGUGGCGUGGCAUGGCGGAGCACAGCGAGCUGCUCGGUGAGAUGGCCACGGUUGGGCGUCUGAGUGCCACAGAGCGCCUGAAGCACGCCCAGAAGCGGCGCGCCCAGCAGCUGAAGGGCUGGGCCCAGAUGGACAAGGACACGGCCCGCGGCGGGGGCAAGGCCGGCCAGAAAGGGGACAAGAAGAAAGGGCGCACGCGCAGGGUGGUUUUCCCCAACAACAUCACCCUGCUGGAGGCUGCAGCCCGUCAUGACCUGGAGGAGGUGAGGGAGCUGCUGAACAGUGGAGUAAGUCCAGAUCUGUACAACGAGGAUGGACUCACUGCCCUGCACCAGUGCUGCAUUGAUGACUUUGUGGAGCUGGUACGGUGUCUGUUGGACGCGGGGGCCAGUGUGAACGCCUGUGACAGUGAGCUGUGGACGCCGCUCCACGCUGCUGCCACCUGUGGACACACAGGCCUGGUGCAGCUCCUGGUGCAGUCUGGAGCAGAGCUGCUGGCGGUCAACGCUGAUGGCAACAUGCCCUAUGACCUUUGUGAGGACGAGGCCACGCUGGAGCUGCUAGAGAUGGUCAUGGCAGAGCAGGGUAUAACCCAGGACCGUAUAAACCAGUGUCGUGGGGCUAAGGAGAUGGAGGUGCUGACGGACCUUCGAGCGCUGGUCCAGAGUGGAGCGGACCUGAACGCUCAGGAUGACAACGGGGCCACACUGCUGCACAUAGCGGCGGCUAACGGCUACCUGUUGGUGGGGGAGCUGCUUCUGGAGCACCAGGCCAAAGUGGAGGAGAAGGACACAGACGGCUGGACACCACUCCACGCCGCCUCCUGCUGGGGACAGGUCCAGAUGGUAGAGCUGCUGGUGGCUCAUGGGGCCAGUCUCAACACCAAGUCCGUCCUGGAAGAGACCCCGCUGGAUGUGUGUGCGGACGAGGAGGUGAGAGCCAAGCUGAUGGAGCUGAAGCACAAACACGACGCCAUCAUGAAGAGUCGAGACCGACAGAAGGGCACCUUGCAGAGACGAGCCUCCAGCACUGGCAGCAGAAGUAAGGUGGUGCGGCAUGUGAGCGUCAACGAGCGUUCCAGCCUGUACCGGCGGGAGCACCACAAGGAGGCCAUGGUGUGGCAGGAGAGAGGCCGGCAGGCCGAGCCGCAGGACGACGACGAGGACAGACAGACGGACAACGAGCUCCACCAGCACACUGCCAUGGCUGCAGGUGCCAUGUCGAGGGGGGAGGAUGACGAGGGAGCGGAGAGGAAGUUCAAUCUGGGGAACGGUGGGACGCCCCUGGCCCUGUCGGCGUCAGUCCCAGGAGAGCAGUGGAGCGGAGGCCGGAUGGACCGCAGCGCCUCUUACCAGCUGAGCCCUGCCUCAGGGUCCGGGGAGGGGGGGGACAGCAUGACCCGGGAGAAAUCCCACCAGACACUAGCAGACCUGAAACGCCAGCGGGCAGCAGCCAAGCUCAACAAGUACCUAGCCCCACCCCCACCUCUACCCCCUCCAGAGGAGGAGCCCCCCUCUCCCGCCCCUCUGCAGGAGGUGACCCCCUCCGGAGCCGCCCAGGAGACACCCAGCACAGAGGAGGUGGCCUCCCCCAGCGCUAUGUACUUCACCCCAGCCAGUGGGGACCCGCCCCUGCUCAAACUACAAGCCCCAGAGGAGGACACCUCUAACAACACCAAGGAGCCCUGCUGUGGACUCAUGUAGGGACACACACACACAAACACUCCCACUGCCUGACUGGAAAUUAAAGUGGGUGACGUGUAACACUCAAAAUUAUUUCAAAACAAAACACUACAGUGACGACCAGAUUCAUUGCAGUUGGAUUUAUUAUAAGCUUAUUAGGUUCCGUUAAGCGCCUACUUCCAUCAAUGAUAUGCCAUUGAAUGUUUGGUCUACACUCCAUUUUGGUCAAUGCAGUUAUAUAUUCUUGCACAGAUUUAUUUUCAGCUCUCCUUCCUGAAAAGUCUAAAACAAGAUUGAUCUAAUGGAGAGAAUGUAAAACAUUUCUAAUAUAUGAGCACUUAACAUAAAGCUCCUAACAUUCCUCAUUGCUCCUCUGUUGAGAAGGGUGUGGCCAGAGCCAUAUAUUUACAUACAUGGAUAUUGCUCUACAUAUGUCUAUAUUGACCUCAUAUAGAGACCUUAAGUGGCCAGCUGGUGGCUUCUAAGAGACAUUUUACAUUUUUAAGUCAUUUAGCAGACGCUUUUAUCCAGAGCGACUUACAGUUAGUGAGUG